UCUAACUUUGGCCAGCUCGGCCUAUGGCUUCGUCAGCUGAGACGACAUUCCAUGAAAUUUGGCAAAAACAGAAGCUUGUCACUCCUUCACGUCGGGGUGAUAAAAGUGAUUGGGCACUUACCAUUUGUCGGAAUGAGAUGGCGCUUACCAUUUACAAUUCGAUUUCCCGCGUUUGUUUUAUGCGGAUGAGAGACUGGAAACUAGAAAAUUUAGCAGAUGGUAUGGAAAUUUCCGCCGUUCCUUUCCGAACGGAAGAAGAGGACUGUACCUCUGGAUGUGGUAUAUAAUAUACCUUUCCCGCAUUCCAACAAACAAUGGCGCCAAGUCGAGGCUAGGGUGGACAAAAAUACAGCAAAUGUAUGAAAAUGUCCACCCCGACCUCGCUCUGGUACUAUUGUUCCUACGCACUGAAGUGGAACGCGGGAAAGGUCUAUUUCCGGACGGAUUUUCUGGAAAAUGACUGCUCCAUUUGACUUUCAACCGAAAUUUCCGGAAAUUUUGGAUAAUUGUAGACGGCGAGCAGUCCUGGGAACAGCAACCCUCCUGCGCGUGACGUAAAAUUCCCGCCAAAAGUCAUCAGACCGAAACCAAACAACAAAGAUGGCGUACAGGGUGGAGGACUUUCAAAACCCAUGAUCAGUUUGUUUUCCUUGAUUUCCAAGAUGAGCACUUCCCCGUAUUUUACCUCAAGUGGAAGACAAACACGUUCUGCAGCGAGAGAAGCAAUUUCAGCUCUGUCAACGAGACAAAAACAGCCAAGAAGGCACAUAAAGAUCGAAUGUGAGAAGCGACAUCAAGAGGACCCGGCGAGCGACGGUAACAAAAUCGAAAAUGCGGCGGCGAAAAAGCCUAAAAAGGAAGUUUCCGUAGAACAGGGACAAACGAAAGGCUGGCAACCUGCUAACUGGAGAGAGCAGUUAGCUAACAUUCGUGAAAUGAGAAAAUCACGCGACGCGCCGGUUGAUUCCCAGGGAUGCGAGAAGACAGCUGAUGUAAACCAGUCACCUGAGACUGUGCGCUAUCAAGUGCUCAUCUCUCUCAUGUUAUCAAGUCAAACAAAAGACCAAGUUACUUUUGCAGCAAUGGAAAAGUUGAAAGCUUAUGGUUUAACAAUAGAGAAUGUUCUUAAAACUCCAUCAAGCAAAAUUGGGGAGCUAAUCUAUCCUGUUGGUUUCUGGAAGAAAAAGGCUGACUACAUAAAAGAUGCAACUAAAAUUUGUGCUGAGAAGUACAAUGGCGACAUUCCACCCACAGUAGAAGAGUUAGUAAAACUCCCAGGUGUUGGCCCCAAGAUGGCACACAUUACAAUGAAUGUGGCAUGGGGACAGGUGACUGGAAUAGGUGUUGAUACUCAUGUCCACAGAAUUUCCAACAGGCUGGGAUGGGUGAAGAAACCCACCAAAGUACCAGAGGAAACAAGGCUUGCUGUGGAGAGUUGGUUACCGAGGGAAGAAUGGGAUGAACUUAAUGUGUUGCUGGUUGGAUUCGGUCAACAGACAUGUCUUCCCAUAGGACCACUGUGUGAAAUGUGCCUUAACUGCAAGAUAUGCCCUGAAGGACGUAGAAAUACCAGGGGGAAACCCAAUAAGAAAGUAAAGGAAAAAUCUUCACCAGAAAAAGGUGGAAAGGCUGCUUAAAAUAGAACUAUGUAUCUACAUUGGUAGGAGACAAAAACAAAAGGUAUUAUGGUAUCUUUGGAACCCUACUGUACUUCCACCUGGUUGUUGUUCCUGCAUCUGGACUUAGAUGACACAUGCUUUUGUGAACAAGAGUACGAGCAGUUUUUCCCUUGCAUAGGUAGUGAUCUAGCCCAAGUCAGUCAAGUCAACUGAGGUCAAAAGCUACAUGCUGAUGUGAUAAUGUACAUAACAUGACACUUUGUGAACUAUGUCUAAACAGUGGAAAUGGUGAGAGGUCAACAACUAAUCACUUUUCACUUGCAAUUCUUGAACUGAAUUGCAUACAUUUAAGGUUUACAAUAGCUAGAAAACUCGAAAUAAAAAGGCAAGUUAGCAAGUAACAGCUAUUCAGAAUUAAAAAAACUGCAUUGUUCCAUUUUA